AUUUAGCUAGCUGGGUAGAAAUUUCCUUCAGACACGGGUUAAAGUUACUUAUGAGGAAGAAAUGGCUGGAAUGGGAGUCUAUAAACUGGACAACGACGGAGAAAGUUUCCCUUCAAACUGUUUUCCGAUAAGACCGUUUUUUCAGAGGAAAGAAGGUACAGGACACUGGCUAGUAGCCCACAGAAGCAGCAUGGAGAAAAGCUACAGAAAAUCCAAAAAGAAAAAAUCAGCAGAACCAUCUGUUUUGUCAGAAAGUGACAGAUUUGAGCUCAGGACUCUAAAAGGUGCAGACAACACCCUAAAUGGACAACUUUUGAUGGCGAUGCACUGUGUUGACAAGCCAUCUGACCUGUGCUCUGUUGACAUAAGUGAAAAGAAGCUUCAGCUGGUUGAACUACAGGGUUUAGAGGAAUUUGAUAGUGUUGCUUACAUCAAUGCCUCAGACAAUUGUUUGACCUUAGAGGCUUUUAGCAGGUUCCCUGCACUGAGGGAGCUGGAGCUGUCUUUGAAUGGCCUUUGCACUUUGGAAGUUACUGCUGAAGGUUUCCCUAGAUUAGAGGUUUUGGACCUAUCCUAUAAUAGCAUAUCAGCUGAUGGUAUAUUAGCUGUUGGCCUGCUACCACAUCUAAAGGUGCUUCAUCUAACUGGAAAUAGCUUGAAAAUGCUUCCACCUAACAUGGCUGGCCCUUAUACAACGCCUGAUGAAAUGGCUCCUCAGUCCAGCUCACUGUUUGGGAGUCUUGAAGUGUUAAUGCUAGAUGACAACAAACUGUCUUCUCCUGGAGUUUUUAGAAGCCUUGCAAAUCUCAAAAGACUUCAGCAUUUAAACUUAGAAGGAAAUUACAUUUCUGAGGUCCCUUAUCUUGAAGAAAUGCCAUUGAUGCAACUACCAAAUGCCUCGGUUGUGGAGACAAAGGGCAGUACAGAGGAUGCGAAUAGGACAAAAUGGCUUCCUGAUCUGCAAGUGGACCGACAAGAGCUUGUAAAUUGUGCAAAUGAGGAGGACAAGGAGGCUAGGCUGUCUUCCAAAGAUUUCUCCCCACCGUUUCUGCAGCUUCAAUAUCUAAAUUUGGCCAGCAACGAGAUAGCUGAAGAAGAGGCAUUGUUGGCUGUGGCAUUGUUUCCUAUGCUCAGUGAGCUUGUUAUUCACUCAAAUCCACUGACUACACAGAGGAGCGGUGACCCACCAGUAUUGACCCGUUUUCUUCAAAGCAGAUUGGGUAUUAAUAUUCAACGCAAGAAGUCUGCUAAUAUUGUUAAGCCCCAUAUCAUGCUCCCUGUCAAACGAAAGCAGGUCGAAACUAAAAUCCCAAAGGUGCCAAAGGUUCCCUUGAUCACAACAGCCCUCACUGUGGAGAUGCGGGAAAACGUUGCUGCAGCCAGCGCAUCUGAACUUUUGGAAGAUACAGAAAUCCGGCAGACUGAAGAACCAUUCUUUGUAACAGAGGUUAAUGGCUGGCUUGAAACUGGUUAUCAGGAAAAAACACAGGAGACAGAGAACCUUCCUUACAUUUUAAGACAAGAUACCAAAGGCUGUGCCAAGAAUCUCACAGACUGUGAAGCCCUACUGGAUGAUAAUCUGGACAUUGACAUGCCUGAACCAGUCGGAAUCCAACAAAGUGUAAGAGCUCUGGAGUAUGCACUCAAGAACCUCCUUGUGUACAGAGAUUCUAAAGCAAAUCUGGAUCAUCUUCAAAGACCAUGUAGGGAACAGCCAAAACAGAAAAGGAAUAUGCCUCCUGUUAAACCAUACAACCUAAAAAGAGAGAAAGUUAAAGAAAUCCUCACUGAAAUAAAGGAGAGUAAAACAGUUCUUGAAGUCCCUCUAGACAAAGUCAUCAGAAGCAAAAACACAUACAGAAACGAAUAUGAAGAGGCACUAAUCUUACUGAAAGAUAUGAAGACAAAGUACAAGACGGUCCAUUUGAAAGCAGUGGAGCAAGCAGCACAGUUUGAGAUCAUCAGUCAGUCCAGUGGAAAGUGAAAGGAACACCACUUUUCAUUAAAGCCACAAUCAGGGACUGGUAAAACUAUUUUGUUUGCAUUAAUGUUAUGUAUAUUUCCUUUGGUGUUUAUACGUUAUGAAUAUUGUACUUUUUGGGCAGCUGUUUUUAUUUUAUUGUGGAGCGCUAUUCACACUGUCCGCCCGAUGACUGCUGGGAUAGUCUCCAGCACCC